AAAUGUACCCCCGAAAAAAUUUUUCAUCCUGCAAAUCUACAAGAUCUCAGAGAAGUGGUGAUACAGGCAAAAGAAAAUAAGAAAAAAAUUCGGUGCGCUGCCUCCGGACAUACCUGGAGUAGUUUAAGCGUGACAUCGGGAUAUUUGGUAGUUGUUGAUAAUUUAAAUGCGAUUGAAAUCAAAUUUAACGAAAAAUUGGAUAGCUGGACGGUCAGCGUCGAGGCUGGUGUCUACCUGAAAAAUCUUGACAAGGCACUCAGGAGCCACGACCCUCCGUUGAGCAUGGACUCAAGCGUUGUAUUAAACACCGUAACUGCCGGUGCUGAUGGCGAAUUACGUGAAUUUUCUGAUGACAUUGAUGAAAUUGAAAUGAGCGCCGCCAGGGUUAACUUAGGUCUUUUGGGAAUAAUUUAUAAAUUAACAUUUAUUGUGGAACCGAUGUUUAAGCUAAGAAUGAUCGAUAUUAUAGAGCCAAUGUCAUCAAUUUGGAAUUCACCCAGCCUUAAGUCCCUAGUCGACUCAUCUGAUUCCAUUGAAGUGUUUUAUUGGCCGUUUAACUCUUCAGGUCUCAAACCGGAGAAUGAUAAAAUCUGGAUAAAGCAAUAUUUGCGCACGAUGGAUAUGCCUACCGUGGAUGCCGUUGAAGAAAAAACGAAACAAGUGUUUCAGUCUCAUGAAUUAGAAUUUGGAGACUAUUUAUACGAUUUUAUGGCUAAGGAACCAAAGUCUACGCCAUUUUUGGAUCAUCUUUUGUUCACCACUGCGAUUAAUCACCAAGCCGAUCAAAUCCUGGAAGCACCCGAUGCUAUUCAUUGGCAGGCUGGGAUUGACGCAAUAAAAUGCCAGGAUUUAGAAUUUGCUAUUAAGCUUGACAAAGAAUUCAAGAUUGCCAUUGAAGAGAUCUACGAAUACGCAGCAAAAAAAAUAUACCCGCUGAAUUUGUCCGUAGAGUUUAGAAUCAACAAAUCCUCUCAAAAUCUUCUUGCCCCAACAUACGACCCCGAUCCUAAUGCAUACUUUAUCCUCAUUGAAGUACUCUCUGUUAAUGGAACCGAACACUUUCAAGAGUUUUCAAUAGAACUUGCUAAGCGAUGGAUGGAACUUUAUGAUGCCAGACCACAUUGGGCAAAGUUGUGGGAACACGUACCCGAAAUCAUACCAUAUAUUAAAAAGCACUUGGGAGAGAGGGGAAAGAAAUUCGAAAAUAUUAGGAAUAAAUAUGAUCCAGAACAAAUGUUCUUUGAUAACAAGAGUUUAAAAGAAAUUUUACUAGAUUGA